CAUAUCGAUAUUAAAAAAGUGAAAUCUAAGUGGUUUUAAAUCAUGAGCGUUAAUAGCGGGGGUGGACAACCCCCCGAUAAAGAUGAGUUAGAGUGUGCAAUGGAUGUGUCCCGUCCGGAUCAUCCAGCUUCGCCAGUGCCGGAUCUUCCAGCUUCUCCAGUGGAGGAAUUUAGAGGAUUCCAAAAUCCCAAUUCACAGAUAAGUACUGUUAAUGAUUCUGAUACUGUUUCCGGGAAAAAUGUAGACGUAAAUACGGUCAUUAAAAAUAUUAAUCAAUAUUCUUCUAAAGAUAAUGCUCCAUUUUUUGUUUAUGUUCAAAGUAAAACAGGGAGAAUAGGGAAUCUCCAUAGGGUAGCUACCUCUAGACUGAUUAUUAAUUCUGUUCCAGAAAUUAAACAGGACAUAGCUAACAUAUCAAUAAUAGGAGCUAAUAAAAUAAAGGUCGAAUUAACUUCUUAUACAAGCGCAAAUAAAUUAUUAACAGCACAGACCUUAAAAGAUAAAUACGAUACAUACAUCCCAAUGUUUUUUACACAUGUAAGGGGGGUCGUAAGACAAAUAGACUUAGAAUUAUCGGAACAGGAAUUAAAAGAAAUUAUUAAACCGAAAUUGGGCAACAAUUUUGAAGUAAGUCACGUAAAAAGAAUUUCACGUAAAAAUGACCAAAAUGAAAUUGUUCCAACAACUACUAUUAUAGUUACAUUUAGAGGUCAACUUUUACCCACAAAGGUAAUAAUAGAAAAAAUGGUGUAUGAUGUCGAAAAAUACGUGCCAAGAAUAAUUCAGUGCCUGAAUUGUUUAAGAUUUGGGCACGUCAGUCUGCAAUGUAGAUCAAAAGAACGUUGUAAAAACUGUGGAGAAGAUCAUAAGGCAGAAAGCUGCCAAAAAAAUGAACCAAUAUGCAUUUAUUGUAAAGAAAAGCAUUGCGCUACUGAUAAAAAAAAUUGUUCAGAAUUUAUUAGACAGAAGAAUAUAAAAAGAACUAUGGUAUAUGAAAACCUAUCAUACGCCGAGGCGUCUUCUAAGCAUGAAACAAGUUUUUCAAGUGUAGCAAAAAAUAACACAAAUUCUAACCGUUAUACUGUUACUUUAAAAAGAAGGAGGUUAGCUAUGUCCCCAGAGAUCGAUGAAACAUUCGAAAAACGUAAAGAAAUAAUUUCAAAUCCAAAAACUUUAACAGAACCUGUUUUCAAUAAGUUUAAAAAUAUACCAAAUUAUAAUAAUGGUUGUGAUGACUCUAACACGGUAAAUAAACAGAUAAAAACUUGCGAAUCAUUAUUAAACCUUAUCAAAGAUAUUUUAACUUUUUCAAAUGUAGAAAUUAAAAAUAGUACACUUAUUGAAAACAUAAAAGACAGUAUAACGCAAAUUUUAUCUGACUAUGAGUAA